AUGACAGUUGCAGACUCUCAUGACACAUUCAUCUCUGAUGAAGACGAUGAUUUCUGGUAUGUAUACAAACCAUUAAUACUUGAGUGUACACCGACUACUUGUCAUGAACAGCUACUAACUUCAAAUCUGCCAGUCCACUAUGUGUUGAGGAAUUUGACAUAUCUGACAAGAACUUUAAGCCAUGUCCAUGUGGAUACAAAGUUUGUCAGUUUUGUUACAAUAAUAUCAGACAAAAUCCGGAACUCAACGGCAAAUGUCCUGGAUGUCGUCGGGUAUACGAUGACGCCAGUGUGGAGUAUAAGGUGA